AUGGCCACGCAACCGCGGCAGCGCGUAAACGCGCAGGGCGCAGCACAGGGCGCGCCGCAGUCGGACUUGGCAUCGCUAGAGCUUCCCACGACGCGCGUCGCCUCUUCAGUGAUACUCCAGCAGGUUCUGUACUACAACAUAUCGCUCUUCGUGACCUUCAUUAUUGCUCAGAUAAUCAUUCUUUACCAGAAGUACGGCAGCGGCGUGGUGCUGGAGGACCCGGACAUCGCCAGAACCAUUCUGUUGUCGCUGUACUCCGCCGUGGAGCCCGGCCGGCUCUGGCUGGGCUACAGCGGCAACCUGCGGGAGGACGUGCCCACGCUGCUCGUGUUCCAGGUGUUCUGCAUCGCGCCGUGCUUCCCGUUCUGGAUCUUCAUGUACAUCGCGCAGAAGACGAGGACGCCGCUCGACGAGGCGAUCGCGGCAUUCUUCAUCGCGUGGCACGUGCUGAGCUUCGUCCUGGGCGCUCGCGCGAUAUACAAGAUCAUGAGGGAGCAGCGGCGGCGGUUCAACAUCGCGAAGAUCACGGACUUCAUGACCCUGGGGCGGCGGUGA